AUGGGCGAGGCAAGGCACACACACACACACACGUCCCCCAAUCCCAUACGCAGUCAGCUCAGACAAUCAGACCUGGGAUCCAUUCAGCCCAGACACCAACCACCCGCCCUCCCUUCCCGUCGGGGUCCCUCGAUCCUCAGUGCUCACUCCUCAGGUGCGGCAUGGGUGACAGGGACACGUUCCCAGCGCAGACUUACGGAGUAG